CUGCAACAAAAUUGCAGAUAAAUUUGGGACAAGGGAGCCAUGCCGCCGAGUGCAGUUUGGAUCGCAAUCGGCGCGGACGAAGGACAUGCAAACCGGAGUGCGUUCGGCGCCACAGGCUUCGUCUACAUGUGCUUGUGCGGCGCGUCGCUGGUGCAGUUGAUUCGAAACUGCAGGAGCUACAACUUGUGGACUCAACAGAAGACCAUCCACGCACUGCUAUUCCUGCUCACACUGCUCCGCACAGGGUUUCUGAUCGCUGUCGGGGUGUUCAACUGGUGUGAUGUAGCUGGUACUGGAGCUCUGUCGUCGACAUGUGAGACCCGCGGGUUCGAACGCCAAGUGUUUUAUAUCGUCGAUCAGUUGCCCAACAUGCUGUUCCUCUCCAUGUACGUGCUUAUCAGCAUGUUCUGGGCCGAAAUCUACUACAACGCGACGGACCAGCUCGAUAUCUUCACCCACGUUAUCAAGCCUGUUUCAAGGGUCGUUCAUGUGGCGGCGUAUCUAUUGCAAAUUGGGCUCUGGGUGCUGUAUGCAGACCCCUGGCGAUCCGAAAAUCAUUACUUUGGGCGCGGUUACGCUGCAUUUUCGGCCACCUUCUUCGCACUGGUGUCCGUCGCGUUCCUCGUGUACGCGCGCCUCGCAUUCGUUGAACUUCGUGCGGUGCCAGUGGAUUUGCCCAUCCGAUCGAAGAAACUCCGCGAGGUCACGCUGCUCACGACUGUGUGCUUUACGUGCUUCACGAGCAGGUGUCUCCUGGUGCUCGUCCUGGCCCACGAGCAUGUCCAGCUGCAGGACCACUUUACGUGGCUCAUGAUCGUUCUGUUUUACUCGAUUUUCGAGCUCGUGCCAAUCGUCGCGCUGCUUCACUUCCACCGUCGAUUCCCGACAGUCCCAAGCGCCGCUCUGUCCUCUUCGAACAGCCCGCUUCGUCCAGCCCCGCACAAAGCACCGUACCGAUUCAUCGCCGACGCCAUCAUGGACGACGACGACGAGUCCGACUCGGAUCUGUCCGCCGACGAGUCGCUCCGCCAGACGCUCCUCUCCUCUCCAUGAAAGCAUUGCUAUGAAUCGUCCGCUAGCCACGAUAUCCCUUUUCGUUGCAACUAGCUCCGACGUUUGCGCUGUGGCGGACCCAGCCAUGAAUGUUCGCAUCGCAUGAAGUUCGUCGUCAUUCACCUGCAUGAUAGCACAAGUCAUUGAAAGAUGGGACCCAGCACAACAAUGACAUCGAGUUCCAUUAAGUGGUGGGGGGUGUUACAAAGGGCGGUAUUGACUGUGACGGCGGAAUUGGUUGAUGCGAGUGUAGGCCGAGUGCAUGGCAAACAACGUGAGCGCCACAAGGACGGCGCCGAGGACGAGUGAGUAGUUGGAGGAGGCAAGGUCGUCGCCCGCCGUCCCGACGCCAUUCGCGCUCCCUUGGUUGAUGGGAUGGUACUGGCACAACUCUUGCCACGUGGUCGUGAGCUGGAUGUGGCGGUCGAUGAUGCCAUUGAACUCGGCCAGCGGACAUGCCAGCGCGCUGCACUUGGUGAGUUUCACCUGGGUGCGGAUCGUCUCUGGCGACCAAAUGUGAGUUUCGACGACAGGGUCGGCCCCAUCGUUGGCGGUAUGCAGCUCAAUGAAAAGCGUCGUGCCAGCCGGGAGCGCCGUUGUGUUGUACUCGUCCGCCUUGGGCUCUCCGUCAAAGUGGAAGUUCCAGCCGAGGAGGAAUCCCAUUCCGUGGAGGAGAUGGCGGUGGGCUGUGUACGCGUACAGUUUGUAUGGCGAUGUCUCCGUCAAGCUGGCCGCUUGGUUCAGCUGCGACAGCAUAAGGUUGGGGAAACCCCCGAGGUAGUAUGUGACUUGCCGAGGACUGCCGAGGUAGCGGCCAAGCAUCUGGUUGAGCGCCAACGUCUGGACAUCGAUCGCGAGUUUUGGGGAAAAGAUGGACGGCAGCCCCUGGCUGGCAUCCGCGUGCAUCAUGUCCGAGAUCACAGACAAGUCCUUGCUGGGAGAUGUCGUCACGUCGAAGGGCCGGCCGCAAGCGGUGCUCAGUUGGUCCAGCACGGACGCUUGCGCAUUCAACAUGUCCUUGCCCUUGUGCGCAUCAAAGUUGUCAACGUCAGCGUCGAGGGUGUCGCGGCAUGGCCCGUGCGUGACGGCAAUGUCGUGCUCGUUCGAGAGAAGUUGCAUGACGACGGGGACUGGUACAGGAAAUCCGAGCGUCGUCGACGUCGAGUCCGGGUACAAGCCGUACCCGAACGUGACGGAGCUCUGCCCGCAGCUCUGCGACGGGUCCGCGCGGAAGUACGCGUCAAAGUGAGUUUUCUUCUUGAGUGUAGGGGACAAAAAGUGCUUGGAUUCAACGUAGACGUCCCGGGUGUGAGCGCCUGCGUGCACCAUUUGCUGCAUGCCCUUGUCCGUGAGUUGCUCGAACGGGACAGAGUACGUGUUGAGGUUGGCGGCGUUCGCAGGGCAAAGGGUCGCGGCGCCUUGGGCAGGGGCGCGACUUCCAUGCGUGGAGAGUGCAAUGACGACUCGAAGCGAGUCCGACGUCGGCGCGGGCGGCGGAUUCGCGGCAGACGCCAUGGGGGUUGUUACGUUGGAGCUACAACCACGAAAUGCG